ACUGAUGAGUGUGCUGAAGAGACACACGACUGUGGGGAAAAUGCUCUCUGCAACAACACAGUCGGUGGCUAUGUGUGUGUUUGUGAAGACGGCUACUCUCCUUUGGACGACAGAAACGUUAACUGCACGAGGCUUGCACCUACAUCAAUAACUCUUCCUGAAACUGCUUCAAUUACUCUUCCGGAAUUUGCUACAAUAAAUGCUCUGGACACUGCUUCAGUAUCUAUUUCAAUGGAUGUUAUGGGGACCCCGCGACCAGCACGGGACGGAAGAGAGCCAGGUCUAACAGUGGGGCUGACCCUAGCGUUAAUUCUGACGCUAUUGCUAUUGCUAGCAGUACUGGUGACUGUCUUAUUGUCCUACAUUGCACGGAGGAGACACGAGAGACAAAGACACAGUACAGGCCUCGGCAGCACCAGCGGCAGAGGGGAAGGAAGAGGAGGAGGUGCUGUAUACGUGGACGGUAAGCUCAGCACUACUCUUUUUGUCACUGAACUGCAACUCGACACCGACUCGCCUCAUAACUCCUCACCGACUGUUCACCUGACCACCAAUAAUAUUGCAGAUAGCACACGUACAAGGACAUCAGGGCAGCAGGAUACACUGCAAUAUAACGUAUCUCCCUACACCCCACAUCUAAGCGACGCACCCACUCUGUUGUCGCAAAGUCGCCACAACCCUCCUGAUCCAGUUCCUAUUGAGAAGAGCGCCACCCUGGUGCAACCUACUCGGCCAUUGGGUGACUAUGUAAACCUUGAAAACAACCCUCGUACUCCCAAAUCGUCUCCUCCAAACAGCAACAUUACUCUUCCAGAGGAUUCUAAGACAGUUUCCACAGACGCUGUUGGUAUCUCAGAC